CGCCGGCGGUGACGGAAGCACGCCGGGGGUGACCUCACCUUUCAACAUGGCGGCGGCGGUAGAUUAGGGCAGUGGGUUGAAGCAGUCACCGCCGCUUGGGGACCCUGUUGGAAGCAACCGCCGCCGCCGCUUUUCAUCUCUUCUGGGGCAGGGGCCAGGGCCAGUGGCGUUGGAACUGGAACCCUUGGCCUUAUAUAUGCCAGGUUUUACACAUCUGCAAGUAGACCUCUUAGGAGCUCUGUUGGCCAAUCCAAUGGCGUCCUCAACUACCAUGCCUCUAGGAUUUCACUAUGAAACAAAGUAUGUUGUUCUCACCUACUUGGGACUCCCUCAAGAGAAGUAUCAAGAGCAACAUCUUCUCUCAUCCCAAGGGGUUCAACUAGAUAUAGCUUCACAGUCUCUGGACCCAGAAGUAUUUUUAAAAGUUAAAUCUGAAAUUGAAGAAGAGCUAAAAUCCCUGGACAAAGAGAUUUCUGAAGCCUUCACCAGCACAGGCUUUGACCGUCACACUUCUCCAGUGUUUAGCCCUGCUAACCCAGAAAGCUCAAUAGAAGACUGCUUGGCCCAUCUUGGAGAAAGAGUAUUGCAGGAACUGAAAGAACCUCUGCAUAAAGCAUUGCAAAUGCUCCUCAGCCAGCCAGUGACAUAUCAGGCAUAUCGUGAAUGUACACUGGAAACCGCAGUUCAUGCCAGCGGCUGGAGCAAGAUUUUGGUGCCUCUGAUUUUGCUCCGACAAAUGCUUUUGGAGUUGACAAGACGUGGUCAAGAACCUUUGAGUACCCUGCUACAAUUCGGAGUGACAUAUCUGGAGGACUAUGCAGCAGAGUACAUCAUUCAGCAAGGUGGCUGGGGCACUGUCUUUAGUCUUGAGUCUGAGGAGGAAGAAUACCCUGGUGUCAUUGCAGAAGAUAGCAAUGACAUUUAUAUCCUGCCUAGUGACAACUCCGGACAAGUCAGUCCCCCAGAGUCUCCAACUGUGACAACUUCUUGGCAGUCAGAGAGCCUACCUGUCUCACUGUCAGCUAGCCAGAGUUGGCACACAGAGAGCCUACCAGUGUCCCUAGGGCCCGAGUCCUGGCAGCAGAUUGCAAUGGAUCCUGAAGAAGUCAAAAGCUUAGAUAGCAAUGGAGCUGGAGAAAAGAGUGAGAACAACUCUUCUAACUCUGACAUUGUGCAUGUGGAGAAAGAAGAGAUACCUGAGGGUGUGGAAGCAGCAGCUGGGACUGCCUUGCCAGCCAGGGAGCUGCAAGAGGCAUUCCCCAGAGCCCCUGCUCUGUUUCCACACACCACUGCCACUUUUUAGCUGGAGAUGAGGGAACAUGAUGCAGAAAUGAUUGCAAUUAAGAAAGCCAGCCCUGCUCCAUCACUGUUUGUAGAGCUUGAUGAAGAAGAGGUGAGAGCAGCAGCCAUGGAACCUAGUGAAGUGGAGGAGGGGGUGCCCUCUGCACUGCCAAGUGACAAGGAGAUCCCUAUAAGGAAGAGGAGUUUUAGUGAGGAAUCAUCCCCUGCUGCAGAAGGAAAGGCCCUACUCUCUUCUGAGGGCAAGUCUAUGCUGCUAUUUGGAGGGGCUGCUGUUGUCGCCAUCCUGGCAGUGGCAGUUGGGGUUGCACUGGCUCUGAGAAAGAAGUAGCUGCUGCUUCAGAAGAGAAAGAAGACAAGGGGAUCUAAAGUUGAUUUGUCCUUGCUGGAAUAUGAACUGGCAACUGCCAAUGGGACAUUUGUGGAACACUCUGGGAAGAUUGAAGGUGUCCAUUCAACAAGGCAGCAAUGGGAUCCAUCUGUUAGGGCUGGUCAGAGGAUAUUCACCUUGGUCUAAUUGUCAGUUCCAAAGGGCCUUGGCUCAUUCUAGAUUCAGAUUCUUAUAAGAGUAAAGUAUUCCCUCUAGAACAGGGUUUCUCUGCCUUGGUGCUAUGGACAUUUUGAGAAUUCCUUG